UUGGUGCAUCUACAUAUCCGCACAGUUGUUACAAGACUGGCACAGUGUAUUGACAUCCAAUGUGACACUGAUUUGUUGCCAUUUUUAAACUUGAAAGUUACAAGUUGAAGCUUUGGUAGGCACCAGGCAGAGAGUAUGAGUCAAAGGAUUUUGCGGCUCUCUUCCCCAAAGGGUGUGUGGUUGUAGUUGCAAGUAAAAGAUAAAACCCACACCCACCACCACUAUUUUCAGAAAUUGCAGUUCCUAAACGUAGUUUCUCAAGCAAACUCGUAAUCUAUACUCUACAUGCCUUCCCUCAAAUAGAAUCCUCCUUGGGAACUAUAUAUUCAUGCUCUUCCCAAUAUGCAAGAGAAAGUGACUUGGCGUGUCAACUUGGAACUGUUCAAAUCCCAACCGCAUUUUAAGUAAGCAAAACAUAAGCGUUGGGGAGACAAAAUGAAAGCAAGAAGUUAAAGAAAAACGUAAAACUGCAGAAAUAAUCCAUACGCCCAUACCAUCACCGCUCUGAUAUUCUUGCAUGUCUCUUUUUAUAGAAAACGGGAAAAAAAAAACUCUCCUUUAUCACUUGGUAUUUGUUUUGGCUUUUGGGUUGUCACUGUGUUUAUUUGUAUGUUUCACUGAUUCAUUGUUCACUUCCUUUCUGAGCUUUCUCCUUUCUUGUUCUGUUCUUUGCUUCUGCUGGUUUAGCAUAGUAUUGUACUAGUGCAGUUCUUUUUUGCACAGAUGGAUGCGUUGGUUUUCUGCUGGCUCAAGAAUCAAGGUUGAGGUCCUUCCCUUUUCGGUUGAGGUCCUCCACUUUUCUUUUCUUCUAGCCUGGCUGAAAUACUUUUUCUGCGUUACACGUUCAAUUUUUCAGUCGCACAGAGCGAGAAAGAGGUUUAAGAACUGACUCAUCUUUUUGCAUUAUGGAUGUGGCAAUCAAGGGCUGAACCUUCUUGGUAAGCUUUUCAGGGUUUAGAUUCAGUUCCAUUUUUGCACUGACAGAAAGCCCAGAGACCAGAACUCAUUCAAUUUGGAACUUUUAUUUCAAUCUCUCCAUCUUCUAAUUUUGAAGGCUCUAUGCUCCAACGACAUCCUUAACAAACCCCUCACUCUCUCUCUCUCUCUCUAUCUCUCUCUCUCUGAGGAAAUGGGCAGUCCUCAAUUUUUCUCCUUUUCCAACAGAAAUAUACGCCUAAUCAUUCCCUUGUUGUUUCUCCUGCUUUCAAGCUCGAUCCUCCUGAUGUUUGUAGCUGAAGGACGAGCAAUUACCAAGCUACAACUACUAGAGGCUGCACAGAGCGAAGGGGAAGAUGAGAAGACGGUGGUGAGAAGAACUCAGGUAAUAGGAUCCACCCCACCAAGGUGUGAGAGAAGGUGCAGCUCUUGCGGGCACUGCGAGGCAGUGCAAGUCCCAGUAACAACACAAGUCCAUAGCCACAGCAGAAGUCAUUUAUCAGCUGCUGAAACUUCUAAUAUUGCUUACUCUAGAGGGGAUGAUGUUUCCAAUUACAAGCCCAUGAGCUGGAAGUGCAAAUGUGACAACCUGAUUCUGAAUCCUUGACUACAAGUUACUAACAUUUGUAUUCUGGUCAAAGAAUGUCUUUCUGAAAUGUGGAUAUGCGACCUCAACCUUAUAGUCCCUUGCGUUAACCCUCUUUCAACUAGAUGAAAAAUAUGGUUUGUAGAGAGUUUCCUUCUUGUUUUGUUUACUUUUGUUAUGCCUGUAGUAAAAUUUUGUUUUCUUAUAAAACUUUUUUCUUUUUUUGUGCAAA